AUGGAGCUCUAUAACAAAAUCUAUGGAACACCAAUCUUCGAUGUCUGCGACGACGAAGAGCCAAUGUUCGAUGUCUAUGAUGAUGCGGAUCUCAUCAUGGAUCCAAUCUCCGUAGAUGGUGAUGGAAGCUUUGGCGGUGGAGCUAACAUAUUUCAUGUUGACGCCUUUAUCUCAUCGCUUUGGAACCGAAGUGUUCCAAGACCCAUUGCCUCCUCUGCAUUCGGUGAAGGAGUUUCAACAACAAGCCAACUUCCUCCACUCCGCCACAAUGUGAUUCUUUGCAUGGAACCAGAACGUUUUUCUCAACGACCAUUUGAUCGUAGACGAGCUCGGGAUUUGGUGGUUUCACAGACACAAACGUUGAACUUUGAGGACAAAGUUCUUUUGGACGGUGGAGUGUUGAUGAGAAUCAAUCGGCUUAACCGGAGAAAACCGAUGUCGGUUAUAUGUCAAAGAAUGUGGAGAUGA